UCCGCAAGUGAGUGGGAGUCUCCAAGUGAGUGACCUAAAAAACAAAAGAAUCCGCCUGGUUGCCUGCGGCGAUGGCGGCGCUCCGCUCCGCGGCGAGGAGGGUCCUCGGCGGCCAGGCACCGCGGACGGUCUACAGGGCGACCUUCGCGGAGGAGCGACAGCGUCUGUCGCCGGCGUUCAUCAAGGCCGCUUCGUCCGUCCAUCCUCGCCGCUUCUCAUCGCAGCUAGGUGACUUAAUGGAAAUCGAUCAGGUGGGAUAAGGACUCCCGCAGACCUAUCCGAAAAAUAUUGAAACCUGGCAGACCAAAGGAAAAUAACUAAAUUGUUGUCAAGGGCUGAAUUAAGAAUGAAAUGUUAGCAGGGGCAAGGGAACAAAUGUAAUCUUGAAAGGGUGGCGAUGAUGAUCCGCUCACAUCUGAAGAGAAAAUGAGACUAUUUAAAAGGGGCGCUCACUUGAUCUUCAGGAUGACAAAAGCCAUCUCCACCGUUGUGGCCUGCGGAAUAGUCAUCAAGUGGUCAGUAACAGAGGUGUUCCGUCCUUACCCGACAAGCGAUUGUGCACGUGCUGUUCGCAAAUGCCGUGAGAUGCUACAGGGUCUACGGGGCAACCCUCCAGCAUUGGAGGUUGGUCCUGUGCUGGGUGAUGAGAUGCUGGCGGCGGAGGUGGCGGAGUUCAAGUCCAUGGUGAAGGAUAUGAAGCGGGAAGCAGCGGAGAGACUGGAGGAUUGAGUCAAGCUGGGAAGAUAUGCACCUGGUUCUCAAGCUAUCAUGACCAUUGUGUCUGUUGUAUGGAUUCCUAUGGUCUAUGUGAAACUCCUUUCAAGCUUGAUCCGGGACUUUUGUGCUCCGCAGCGUGCGACAUCGAAACAAUGAAAAUUGGAAGUCUUUUGUGUUGUUGUCUUCUCCAACCAUCUGAGAAGGGACCAAUGUAUGAGAAGGGUAUAAGCCAACAUCCCCUGGAUUGUCGCAAUAUAAGUGAAGGGAAUGUGCUUUGUUAUUGCCUGGCUCUGAUGGUAUCAACACAUUUUGAUGUAGAGGCUUUGCUGGAUGUGAGGAGAUGUUGCUGCUCCUGGAUGUGAGUGGAUCUUGCAAGUUUGCGACUAUACUGUUACCAAGGACAUGAAGAAUUCGGUCGAAGCCUCUUUAUGAAAUGCAUGGUUACUGGAGCGCUCCAUGUUUGUCUAGUUGCAUGUUGUGGUUGCAGCUGAAGAACCUUCUCCUCCACGGGUUAGUUCAUGACUACUGUGAAUGUUUUUGUUCGCGAUUGUAAAUGCGAAGCUCCAGGGCGUGUUGACAAGAGGAUGUAUCACGAACUGCUGACACCAACAUUCAAAUAAUAAUACAGUAGAUAGAUAGGCAGAUUCUGCAAAGUAGGGACUAGGGACACUGAACAAUGUUGCUUGCUGAACUCAGGCAUGCUGAGAACUACAGUAGAAUAGAGAUCAGACGGGGCACAAAUGGCUAGUGAUGACGACGGCAGGAACUGAAAAACGAUAGUGUCAUGAACUCUACUAAUCUCGAGGUGGAAAUCCUUUUCCUUCUGUAGGCUGGAUCUCUUUAAUCUCUUAAUUGCUACAGUACAUACUUCUGUAGGCCGGAUUCCACUGUGGCUACCACUACCACCUGCCCAAGUAUGUAUCGGAAGCUUCAUGAGAUGUUUUUCUUUUCUUGCUUGACCAGACCACAAUAACCAGCGUCGUCGAGUCCUCCUUAUGGCAGUGAUCAUGGUAGCAUCUAUCUUCUGGUACAAGUCAAUGGGCGUCAGACUGUUAGUGCAACCAUUGCAUCCCUCGACGUGUCGCGGCUACUGCUGCUCUGCGCCGGGUUGCUCUCCUCGCCAAGAGCUUUCCUUUUUUUUUUGAGCUGGGCCAAGAGCUUUUCCUUUCUUUUUCUUGAGCUGGGCCAAGAGCUUUUCCUAUUUUACGCUUGCUACAAAACUGGGCCGAGCCCAAAUGCAGCCGUACUAUUUUGUCUCCGCGAGAGAGACAGAGAGGAAACCUACCCUCACUCCGCCGCCGUCACUGCCACAACUCCACCCCAACUCCGCGCGCGCGCGAGAGAGAGGAUCGAGAGCCGCCACCCGGGUCCGGCGUCCGCAGCCGGAUCGCCGCCUCUCCUCCCGGCCGAGGUCGCCACCACUCGUCUGAGGCGGAUCGGGAACUCCCAGCCCGCGACCAUGGCGGAGGCUGCAGGGCCGACGCCUCUCCUCCACGGCCUCCCGGACGAGAUCUCCAUCUGGGAGAUCCUCGUCCGCCUUCCCCCGAAACCCCUCCUCCGCUGCCGCGCCGUUUGCCGCGCCUGGCGCCGCGCCGCCUCCGCCCGCGACUUCCUCCUCGCCCACCACGCCCGCCAGCCCUCCCUCCCCCUCCUCUUCGUCGACACCGACGACCAGUCCUCCAUAGACAUCAUCACAUGCGACCAACGCGCAGCCGACGAGCUCCACUCCGUCGCCCGGCUUGACGCCCCCUCCGGCGUCUCUCUCAGGGCCUGCUGUGACGGCCUCCUCCUCUUACGCACCUGGAAUAAGGGUGUCCCAUCUCUCUCCAUCUGCAACCCGGUCACUCGUCAAUACGCUCCCCUUCACCGGCUUGAUGACUUCAGGCUCUUGGGGAUGUACCCACACAGCCCUACGGGCCAGUACCGACUACUGCUGUACCUGGCCCCGAGGUUCGAGGACGAUGCUCAAAGAGGUUCCUACGUCUUCACAUUGGGCUCCGGCCAGCAGCCGAGGCACAUAGCAGGCCCUGAUGCCAAGGAACUGUUGUAUUUCCGCGGAUCUACCCUUUUCCGUGGUAGCCUGCAUUGGCACACGGACGGGCUGAUAAUGGUAUUUGACACCACCGCGGAGUCGUUCCGUCAGAUGCACUCUCCAAUUGUUUCUGACCACCGCAGUGGCGACCUGUUUGAGACGAGUGAUAUGCUUGGCAUGUUCAGUCUGAAUGCACAAGCUACAAUUGUUGAUAUCUGGGUGAUGCAGGACUAUGAAGGUGAAGUCUGGGCCUUUAAACGCCGGGUUGCAUUGCCGAUCGCAGAGAUCAUGGUGCAAUUUCAAAAUUCUGGAGAUUGUUGGGAGCUAAUGCCUGCAUCUUGUCAUGGUGAUGUGCUCCUGCUGGCCAAAUUUGACGACGACUGGCUACUUCAGAUUGGCAUUGAUGGCAAGUUGGUUGCUAGUCUCCACCGCAGUUUCCUCCGUCCUACUCGACUUCGGCUCAAACAGUCUCUAGUUUCACAUAACUUGUUUCUGGCAUUAGAGGGUUAUGUUAUCAAUUCUUCGCCUUUCAUCUGACCGAAGGCUGUUGAGUGCGGUGGUGCUUCUUAAUGGCCUAGCUCUCCGUAUCCACAUGAGCUGCAGUAUGUAUUAACUUGAUCCUCUAUGAUCCCACUAGCUUUCUUUUGUUGAUGUAUAAAUUGUUAUGAUCAAGAAGCUCUGGCUGUUACGGUGUUA